GUUUGGGGAGGAGACCCACAUCGAGAUCGAGCAUCAAAGCAACCAAAGGCCUAGUGGAUCCAUUUUCCCCGAGGUGAAUUUGGGGGAUUUGGAUGAUUUAGACGGGGAGGAGGAUGGCGGCAUCAGCCACGGAGACUCCUCGGCACUGCUGCAAUCCGACUUGCUGGACAUGACUGAAUCCGAGCGGCGGAUGAUCAGGCAUCGGCUCCGUGUACGAUUGGGCGUCGUGAGCCGGAAUAAGCUCGUUUCUGGCAAGUCCCUACACGACUCGCUGUCAGCCUUGGGGCUGACGCGAUACACGGAGCAGGAGAUCAACGAUCUAAUCAACCACCUGGCGACCUUCGUGAGCCUGAACUUCGAGGAGGAGGAGGACAACACCUGGAGUGCGAACACCAUCGGCAGCACCUUCGACCGCUUCGACAUCUUUGGGCUCCGGGGCUUCGACCCCGAGGCGGCGAAGCCCGUCUGGCAGUGGCCCAGCGGAUCCCCGGCGAGCUUUAAGAAGGAGAAGUCGACCAUCAGCCUCCACCGGGAGAAGUCGACCUUUAGCAUCUACCGGGACCCCUCGUCUCCGGACCUUCACGUGGAUGAGAAGAACCUGGUGAACUUCAACGUGGUGCCGCUGGAGGCGCUCAUGGACGUCUUCCUCGCGCACGAGUCGAGCAU